AAACUAUUUUUCAUAUUAAAAAUUGUAGGAUUGAAAAAAGAUAUAUGACGAUGAUGAGACAAACGGAACACAUAAUUUAUAACACACAAUAUUUUUGGCUUUGUUCAUAGUCAUUGUUACAAACACUGAACAUAACACAAGUCAAGCUUGUUGAAGCUUGCUUAAUUUCUCUACUCACAGUCUCUGGUGCUUUCGUUUGCACCUUUAACGUGCUCAGAUACAUGGACCUGGUCACCUGGCACACACACACACACACACACACACAAAACUCUACAUUUUUCUCUUACUCCUAAUUUUCCUCACACACUCUGUUUUUCUUUCUUUCAAGUAUGGCCGUUUCAAUCCCAGAUCUGAACGGCGGAAGUGAGCGGUGGUGAGUGUUUUGGAAUUGUCAAAUGGGUAUUUUCGGUUUUUCAUUAAAAAAAUUAGGGUGAACCGCCCACCAUAGAAGAUGACCUUUGUUACUUCAUUGGUUGCCGUGAAACUGAAAACCCUGCAACCCUAUGACUAUGACUAAGAUUAAGAUUAUGAAGCUCCUAAGUCAUCAUCAUCGUGUUUCAUUCAAAACCUUCCGCCACGUGCUCCGAUACGGCAACGUCAACACUUACAGCGUCAUGAUCCCAUCGCCGGAGAAGAAGGUGGGGCAACCGAAACCAACCACUGAGAACCAAAAUUCAGUUUCGUUGAAUGCGGCUGUUCAGGACUUGUGCCGGAAAAGUAGGAUGUCAGAGGCUAUGGUGAUGUUUGAGAAGAUCAAUCGGACGGGUUUGGCCCCAGAUAAGAGGACUUACAUGGCUCUGUUUCACAUGUUCUGCCGCCAGUUUCUCUAUGAACAGGCUUAUAAGCUUUUGACUGAAAUGGUUGUUAGGGGGUUUUCACCCUCGGUUUCUUCAUUCAACAAGCUUAUUCGUAGGUAUUGCUCUGAGGGGACACUUGAGGAGCUUGAGGAGGCUCUGUGGAUUCUGAGGGGCAUGCCUGAGAUGGGCUUGUCCCCUGAUGCUGUUAGUUAUGCCACUGUUAUAUCCGGGUUUUGCCGAAUCAGGAAGCCCAUGAAGGCGUAUGAAUUGAAGCUGGAAAUGGUUGACAAGGGCAUCUUGCCUAAAUUUGGCACAUAUUCGCAGCUUAUAGACUACAUGUACCAACAUGGGAGACUGUCCGAAGCUUUUGAUCUCUUCCGAGAGAUGCUGCGCGCGGGUGUCUGGCGACACUCGCCAGAUAAGUAUUAUUAUUUAACUGGAAAUUAUUCUAAGUUGAUGCAUGCUUAUUGUGAUAAAGGUGAAAUCAGUAAGGCUUUUCUUGUGCAUGAUGAAAUGAUACACAAUGGUAUUUUCCCUGAUGCUCACAAGUAUUCGAAGCUUAUACAGAAGCUGUGCCUGUAUCGGAGACUGUCGGAAGCUCUUUAUUUCUUCCGAGAGAUGCUGCGCGAGGGUGUAUGGCCACGCCAUCAAGAUAAUAAGUUUGAAGAGGCUCUGGGAAUUUUGAGGGGCAUGGCUGACAUGGAUUUGUCCCCUGAUGUUGUAAGUUAUGGCGCUAUUAUAUCCGGGUUUUGCCGAAACCGGGAGCUGGGGAGGGCGUUUGAAUUGAAGCUGGAGAUGAAAGAGAAGGAUAUCUACGGGAUGGAUAGAGCCGUAUAUUCAUCACUUAUGCAAGGCUUGUCGGAUGAGGUUACUUAUACAAGUUUGAUAAAUGCUUAUUGUGCAAAAGGUGAAGUGGACAAGGCUCGUACAUUGUUGCUGGAAAUGAAAGUCAAUGGUUAUUUGUCAGAUUCUGAUAGUGAACUGGAGUAAUAAUCAAUUUAAAAGUGUGUUAGGGCUUGUCAAAGGUUUCCUCAUGAGGGAUUUAGUGAAUGAAGCAGCCCGAGCUCAUAACACAAUGCUUGAGCAGUUUAUAAUUUAUUAAUAUUUGAUCAUUGUAGAUCUCUUAAUGAUCUUAAGGCGUAUAAUAUGCACACCGAGAUGGUGGAUUAUGGUUUUA